GGUGAGGAAGAGGAGGAUGGGAAGUUAGUUCCUCUGCUCUCCGACAAGAUGAACAGCUCAACGUUCACUGUGACUUUACUUUGACUGGAGGUUUUUUUUUCCAGAAAACAUAUUUUGGCACUUUUUUUGUUCUUUUCCUGCUUUGCAUAUGUUUAAUCCUCGUUUUGCAAAGUCGCUCUCAGCUGGAAGAUGUUGCUCUGCUGCUGGACAUGCACCGUUUUCCUCCUCGGCCUGCUGAGCUCCUCCUCAGCUGACGAUGCAGCAGCGGAGGACUUCGGAGGAGAGUCUGGCUCCGGGAUGCUGCAGGCAGAUGAGGUGAACAUCCUGCAGGAACUUUCUUUUCAAGUGUCCGACAGCAGAAACGCCUCCAUGAUUAAGGAGGCCGGCAGGUGUCCGGUGCUACAGGUGGGACAGUAUUCAACGCUGGCUCUGCCUCUGAGACAGAUCUUCACCGAUGGGUUUGAGGACGAGUUCAGUUUACUGGUGCAGCUGCGAAGCCCUCAGAGGGAAGAGUACAGCGUCUUCACGAUGCUCAGCCCUGACAGCCACGUCACGAUGCAGCUGCGGAUCAGCGCCGUCGCCGUCAUCUUCAUCGGAACGCAGCAGCGACACUACGAGUUCCCAGUUAGCGGUCUGUCCGAUGGAAAGUGGCACCAUGUGGCCGUCGGUGUGUCGUCCAGGCGGCUGGCGCUGUACGUGGACUGUUCUCUGGUGGAGAGCGUGGAGUGGGUUUACCACGGGAUGGGCAUCGGCAACGACGGGCUGCUGAUGGUCGGAGGCAUCAGUGAAGGAUUUGAGACGCCAUUUGAAGGUCACAUUCAACAGCUGUCCUUCCUGAUGGGGGACCCAGAUGCCGCCCAGCAGCACUGCAGCCACCACCCGCCCCGAUGCAGCGCCGCCGCCUCCAAACCUCCUCGCUUUCCACGCACCAACAACGCCCUGGAGAACAUACUGCUGUCCUCAAAUGACCUGGAGAACCUGCUGGGGGAUCCCGGGGACGAGUCCUUUCUGAGCUUUGGCCGAACCAAUGCAUUCCUGCGACGGGGAAGUGCUCGAGGGGACGGGACGCUGCCUUCCAGACCCAAUCGCAAAGGUUCAGCAGGUCGUGGGGACGUCUUUCUGGUGGACGAGGACACCGACUUGUUGGAUCCAAUCUUUCAAAAUGGCGGCCAAGUGGACCCUCAUCGGAAACCUACCAGAAAUGGACCUAAGGGGAAGCCUGAGCUAUCAUCUAAAAAUCAGGAGGAGAACAUUACAACAGAGAAGAAGACAGAUUCUGGUGGGAGGACUUCAUCGCUGUUCCCUGGAAAACCUUCCAAUGAUAUCAUUGACUUAGACAUCAGAAGUUCCUCUAAGAAACCCUCACUAGGGUCUCCUGUGCUUCCUAAGGCCCCUUCAGAUCCCAGAACAUCCACAGACCCCAACAAACCAAGAGAAGAGACCAGAACUGUUUCACCCACAUCUCACAUCAUUGUUUCUGCUCCAUCUGCAAAGGUGGAGGAAGGAAAACCCAUCACCACAAAGAUCCCCACACACUUUGAACAGCCAGACAAUGAUCACACUGGAAUAGUCACUAUUGUAUCCAGAGAUGGAGACCUAGUUCAGGGAUCGGAUGGUAAAAUCUACCGGCUCCAGAGGGGACCACCAGGCAGAAUGGGUCCUUCGGGGCAAGAGGGCUGUCCGGGCGAGCCUGGCCUUCCCGGGUUUAAAGGUGAUAAGGGGAAGACGGGCCCUGAAGGGCGUCCAGGGAAACAGGGGGAGUCGGGACUUCCUGGACCGCCGGGGUUACCCUCCCUGUACCUGUGGAAAAACACCGCUGAGGAAUGGGCGGCAUUCCAGCAAACCAACUUCUACCAGAUGCUUCUCUCUGGUUGGCCUACUAAAGAAGGCCCUGCAGGACCACCUGGAGAGAUGGGCAAACCCGGCUUACAGGGGCCACCUGGUGAACCUGGAGAGCGAGGACAACCAGGGAUGCCAGGAGAGAUGGGAGAUAUCGGUCCCAGAGGUCCUCUAGGACGAGCAGGAACCCCGGGGAGAGACGGGGAAAACGGGGAAGAUGGUCAGCAGGGGUCACCUGGUGCUCCUGGACCACCGGGCCUUUGGGGUUACAGGGGAGAACGAGGAUCCAAAGGGGAAAAAGGUGAUGAGGGUCUCCUUGGUCUCAGUGGUCCGAGAGGGGAAGUUGGUGAACCUGGCGAGAAGGGCUCGACUGGUUUUCCUGGUCCACCUGGUCUUAUCGGACCACCAGGGCCUCAGGGGGUCCGAGGUGGCUCCGGGCCAGAGGGGCCUCCUGGACCUGAUGGGGAGAGUGGAUUAGAUGGACCUCCAGGUUUUCCAGGGCUGCCGGGUGCACCAGGUGUUACAGGACGAGUCGGCGCUCAAGGAGUUAAUGGAUCAAGGGGUGACAUGGGUCCUGUCGGCAGCGUCGGCCCCAAAGGCCCUCAGGGGCCUCCAGGUUUGGAGGGACAGAUGGGACCUCCAGGACUCCGAGGGCCCCAAGGACAUCCAGGGCUGACAGGAGCUGCUGGACCUAAAGGAGAUCCCGGGCCAGUGGGGCCCAUGGGUGCCCGAGGGGAUCUUGGCUUCGAGGGUCCAAUGGGUGCUCCGGGGAAACAAGGCCACGUGGGUUUUCCUGGACUAACUGGUGUCAGAGGACCAGAUGGGGACAAGGGGGAUCCAGGACCGAAAGGCGACAAGGGUAUUCAGGGGGCAGCAGGUAUUAGGGGUCCUCAGGGAGAGAGGGGCCCCAUCGGCUUCCCAGGUUUCCCAGGAGCAAAGGGCCAACCGGGCACCAGAGGCACCGAGGGCACAAACGGUGAAACUGGUCCUCAGGGGAAACAGGGCAGCCGAGGGUUGAAGGGGAACAGAGGACCAGAUGGACGAACUGGCAAACCAGGACCCAGAGGGAACAAGGGUUGGGCUGGUCAGAAGGGUCACCAAGGGCAACCAGGCCCAUCGGGUUUGCCGGGCCCACCUGGACCUAAGGGAGCAGAAGGAAAGCCUGGUACACAGGGUCCCUCGGGUGCAGCUGGCAGCGCUGGUAGUAAAGGACCGACGGGCUUUCAAGGAAUAGCUGGAGACAGAGGAGCAGAUGGCCUGCCAGGUUCUCCGGGCCCACUGGGGAAGACGGGGCCUCCAGGUUCUCCAGGACCCCCCGGAGACAAGGGUUUUACAGGGAAGCCGGGCUUGGAGGGACCUCAGGGCCCAGUAGGCAUGUAUGGAAUCCAGGGGAAUGUGGGGAUGCGAGGACCUCCAGGUUUCAUAGGAGAAAGGGGUGAGGCAGGCCUACGAGGUUUACCUGGAGCUGUUGGGAAGCCGGGACCUGCAGGUCUGCCGGGUCCUCCAGGAGAAAAAGGGCCUCGGGGACCUCAGGGUCGACCUGGAGAUGAAGGACCUAGAGGGAUACCAGGAGCAUCGGGGCCUGCGGGUGUCCCAGGUUCUAAUGGAGCCACAGGAAAACCUGGACCCAGAGGAAGUAAAGGACCUCCUGGACCUCAUGGGCCUCAGGGGCCAACAGGAAUCCCAGGUCUGCAGGGUGAUGAUGGAUUAUUAGGAGCAGCAGGAGAAAAAGGACCGAAGGGUUUACCUGGACCACCUGGUGAUUCAGGGCCUCCAGGACAAGACGGACAACAGGGUCUUCCAGGACAAACGGGAAUCGAAGGUCCACCUGGAAGAAAAGGAGACCAGGGAGACCUCGGUCCUUGUGGGAAAACUGGACCUCAAGGGCCCCCCGGAGAGAGAGGACACGAGGGCAUGAAAGGCCCCCCGGGGCCCCCUGGAGCAGCCGGUAAAGAGGGGGACGUCGGUCAUCCUGGAGAACCUGGAGAACCUGGACCCCAAGGAGACAAGGGUGAGCUUGGACCUCCAGGUUUGUCUGGUCGGGAAGGUCCCUGGGGAGCCAUUGGAGACAAUGGAAACAGAGGUCCAAAGGGGGAGAAGGGCCACAUUGGACUGAUGGGUGAACCGGGGCUGAUGGGAGAACUGGGUCCUGCAGGUCUACCUGGGUUACAGGGAACCACCGGCCCCCGGGGGCCUCCAGGACCAGAUGGACCUCAGGGAGAAAAGGGGGAGUCUGGGCCUGUUGGAACCUCUGGACCUCCUGGAUCAGAGGGUUUGCAGGGGUUAAGUGGACCACGAGGUGUCAGAGGAGACAGUGGGAGACUCGGACCACCUGGUCCGGUGGGACAAGUUGGACCUCAGGGAGACCAGGGAGCUAAAGGAGAACCUGGGAUACAAGGAGAGAAGGGAGAACCAGGAACUCCAGGACCCCCAGGAGAACAGGGUGAGGAUGGUCUUCCAGGAAUCCAAGGUCCACCAGCUCUGCCAGGGUUGGAGGGGCCUCCUGGAGAGAUGGGACUCCAGGGUUCUCCGGGUCCCACCGGAGCUCCUGGAGCUCAAGGAAAACCAGGACCUGAAGGAAAACAGGGCAUGAAGGGGGAGAAGGGAGACGAUGGUGUGAUUGGACCCCCGGGGAAAACUGGUCACAUUGGAAGGAGGGGGAAACGAGGGAAGGCUGGAGCCAGAGGGACCAGGGGAGACCGAGGACCAAAGGGUGAAGAGGGAGACAUAGGAGCAGUUGGCGUACCCGGGUGGUCGGGCCUCAUCGGAAUCCCUGGUUUACGUGGAGAGUCGGGGGAUCAAGGUGACAAGGGGAAAGAGGGUGAGAAAGGAGACAUGGGACUGGAUGGACCUCCUGGACGUGAUGGAACGAAGGGUAUCCGUGGUGCUGUUGGAUUCCCGGGUCCACAGGGCAUAAAGGGAGAACAGGGAAACAUUGGUCCACCGGGGUCGAGGGGGACGAUGGGGAUGCCUGGAUUUCCUGGUUUGUUUGGAUUAAAGGGUUUGAAAGGUUACCCAGGUCUGCCUGGACUUCCAGGCAGGAGAGGGCUGCCGGGUCCACCUGGUGUUCCCGGACCUCCAGGAAAACCUCUGAACAUGACUUUGACUCAACUCAAGGACCUGAUGUAUUUGUCCGAUAAGCCCAACUACCCUCUGAUCCAGACGCUGCUGGAUUCUCUGCAGCUUGAGCUCCGGCUGCUGCUGGAUCCUCCUGAUGGCAGCAAAGAGCGUCCAGCCACCACCUGCCUGGAGCUGUGGAUCUGCCACCCCGAAUACAGCAGCGGAAUGUAUUACAUCGACCCCAACCAGGGCAGCCCGGCCGACGCUCUGCUGGCCUACUGCAGCUUCACCUCCACUUCAAUAGAGACCUGCCUUCAUCCUCAGGACUCUCAGCUGCCCAUGAAAGCCUGGAUGGAGGAUUUUUCUGAAGAGGGAUCAUUUCAGUGGCUCAGCAGGCUGGAUCGAGGGUUUCAGUUUUAUUAUCCAGGUGCCAACGUGGUCCAGUUGCGUUUCCUGAGGUUACACAGCAGCACCGCCAUCCAGAAGGUGACGUAUUCCUGCCAUCCAGGACAUCGACUGGGCCAGACGGACCGAGACGUCAAGUUCCUCACAGACACCAGGAAGCAAAGUUACCUUGGAGCACUGAAAGAUUGUCAGCCUGGAGAGGAGACGCUUUCUGGUCCUCGGGAGUCGGUGUUUGAGUUUGAGGACCUGCAGCUGCUUCCUCUGAGGGACGUGGCUCUGAUGGGAGGAGGAAACUUCAGCCACCUCUUCGGCCUCACAGUCGGUCCGGUGUGUUUCAGCUAGAAGUCGCUAACCUCCGUUGGAAACACGGAGACGACGACUGCAGCUCCCACUUUCUGAAGAUCAUCUUCCCCUCCAGCCGUCGGAGGAUCCGAUCUGUCGAGUUGAGUGACUCCGUCUGAAUGAAUUUCAAAGGGCACACGUGCGCUUUUUUUAUGUCACGGAGAAGUCAAAUUUGUUUACAGAGACAUUUAUCUUGUAUUAAAUAAUUUAAUAAUGUAUGUUUUUUAUCCUUUAUAUACAAUGUUCUUUUUUUUUUAAUGUUUUUGUUGUGUAUUUAGGGAUUCUGUCAUAGCUUUCAGUGUGUAUAUAACUGACCUUCUAACAAUGUGUUCCUGCACACGGCUCCUCGUCUGUUACUGUACUUUCGUACUGUAGGUGAACCCACGUUUCACUUUAACUCAAGGUGCUGAUCAAGUUUUAUUAUUUAAUCCCAAAGCCAGUAGAUCUUACUUGUCGAUAUGUCAUCUUGUCAAAAUACAAAGCAUUGGUUCUUGUUUUUUUUUUUUUUUUCACAUAAUUGUAUUUCUCAGGUACUUUAAUGACACGUGUGGGCGCCAAAUGUGCCUCUUUGUGUUUGGACUUUGCAAGUGUUCAGAUGAGAAAAGUUAAAGGACAAAUCCACGAAAACCAACAACGCAAUAUUGAUUUUCGAAGAGUUAUUCAAAAAAACUACACCUCAUCACCACAAUCUGUAGUUUCUAGUCAGAAAUGCUCACCAGGGGCUGCAGUGAAAACCAUGUUUGCAAAUGCACACAGCAGGAAGUUAUUGGUUUAAAUCCCAGCCACGGAGCUUCACUGCAUGUUGUUCACACUCCUCGCUUUCCUCCAAAUGUCAGAACCGUCUCCACAAUUUAGCUAAUAAAUGCACACAAAAAAAACUUAAAAAAAAUCCUGGAACAAAAAAUAAAUACCUAACUGAAGGCUGUACUACGAAGCAAGAUUAGUGGGUUAUAGCAGGUAUGUGGAGCUUAAAGUCAGAGGUGUCAGUGUUUGUUGGUGUUGGAUAACCAUGGUAACUGAUGCUGCACAGUUACAUCACCAUGGUAACUGAUGGUUGACCUGCUUUUGACAUGGUUCUGUUCAGAGUUUUGGCUUCGAACCUUCCAUAAAAAGCGUUUCCCCCUCACCAAUUCGUGACGCAGAUUCUCCGCUGAGGCAAUGUUACAGCAGACGAACUGUAUGCAUCACGUUGCCGUGGUAACCCGAUGCAGAAAAUGCAUCGUUGUGUUGUUGUGUUUGGCUCUAAUUUGCCUCCAAGAGCAUUUUCCACUGCUGGUGCUGCAGCUAAUCAAACACAGAGGAGAAAAUUCAUUAGUAUGUUGGUAUUUAUCACAGAGAAUAUUCAACCAGUGACAUUAAUUUGACCAAAAACUUCCGAUUAUCCUUCAUUAUGGAGCACUUUUAGACCUAAAUGCACUCACUUUGUAGACCGUUCUGUUCAACUAAAUAAAGUUUCAGAGCUCUAACGUGCAGCCGUCGUCUUCUCAAUAAGUGGUAAAAUAAAUAUGUGAACUUACAUGAUUGAAUUUUAUUUUACCAGCAGUCCUCUAUUGUGUCAUGAUAUAUCUUAAUAUUCCUCAUAGCUCCCUAUCAUAACAACCCAUUCCUUUUACUAAGGUAGGCGGCACCUGAUUGGUCCAUUUAGUGCAAAACCAGAGUCAAAAUGAUUUCAAUUACCUAAAAUACCUCCAACAUUAUUUAAAACUUGUACAAAUUGACACAAAAAUUGUCCCAAAUGAAGCAAAACCUGUCCAAGAUGACUGAAAAUUGUCCCAAAGGACUUAGAACUGGUCCAAGAUUAUUCAAAAUGACUUAAAUGACCUAAAAUACACCAAACAAUAUUUAGAAUGUGUCCGUGAUUACAUAAUAUUUUUCCAAAAUGAGACAAAAUUGUCCCAAAGGACUCAAAAUUACUUGAAUGACCUAAAAUACAUCCAACAUUUUUUAAAACUUGUCCAAAUUGACACAAGAAUUGUCCCAAAUGACAAAAAACCUGUCCAAGAUUACUGAAAAUAGCUCAAAACCUGUAUAAAAUGACUUGAAAAUUGUCCCAAAGGACAUACAAUCUGUCCAGAUUACUCAAAAUUUCAUAAAUUACCUGAAGUACACCAAACUUUAUUAAGAAUGUGUCCAUGAUUACAUAAUUUCUUUCCAAAACAAGACAAAAAUUGUCCCAAAGGACGCAAAACUUGUCCGAGACUAGUCAAAAAGACUUAAAUUACUUAAACUACUACCACAGUGAAUGCAUAAUCCUGACAGUGAGGCACAGAGGUGGAAAUCCCUUUUUAUCCGAGUCUGGAGAAGAAAACUGGGUUAACGAAGAAAGUUAAAAACCACUCAUGAUAUCUGUAAUCUCUGAUGCAAACAAAACCUGACUGGUGUUAAACUUGCUUCUCAAUGCAGCUCUGUGGACACCAAAUGUAUAACUCUCAGCUCUAAAAUUGUCCAAAUAGCUGAUUUAUUAACUCCUGAUUGAUUAUUGGUUGCUCCAUACUGCAGUGCCAACACAUAUCUGGGAAUUAGGACGCUAAACACCACUUUUAUUAGCAGUUUCUCAGUCUUUAGAGGGAAACAGUGGAGUUUAACAGAGCAGGAAAGUUGUGAAAUAUUUAAAAAAUAGAGCAGGUUUUGCUCUUUUCCUUUAAUUUGAUGACAGGAAGUGAAUAAUAUAAAAACACCUGAUUCUUUAAAGCGCCAAAUAGAUGAACUCUUGCAUCCUUUCGCUCAUAAAAUGAUAAACAUGGUUCAAUCAUUGAUCUUCAUUCAACGUUAAACCCUCUGGUCAGCUGCAUAACAUUAAUGCAGCAGCUUUAUAGGAUCGCCACAGGCUGCAUUAACCAGUGGUGAGUUAGGGGAGCAUCUGACAUGAGGAAAAUGCAUAAAAAGAAGAAACAUACAUAUUUAAUUUUUAAAAAUCCUAUGCGAGGAAAGCCUGGCAUGAACACAACAUCUGGGGAAUUAACAAAAGUAACAAUUCAGCCUGAUUAAUCGUCUGUUUUUCACAUUUUUCCCUGAAGAUUUUUGAUCGUUGCUGCUUUAAUAAAAUUUGAACUCAUGAUGUUUAUUAAAUGCGUUUUUUUUUGUUUUGUUUUUUACCAAUCCAGUUAAAAUAAGGCGUGUUAGGAAUGUGACAAGUGUUAUUUUAUGUAAAGCUGAGGUUAUUCUACACAUUUUCCCACUUCUUCCCAGAACAGAACUGUAAUUUCUCCCACUGCUUUGUUUAAAUCAUGCUUUAGUUUGACGCUAAUAUUAAUAAACCGGCCCUGCAGAGCUUCUUUGCCCUUAAAUACCCGACCUUUUACUGCCCACUUAGCUUUUAGCGAUCGCUGUCGACCUGAAUUUCUGCUCCAUUCCAUCUGAGGAGCGCUGGUGUCUGGUGGAAGAGCAGCAAACCUCAUAGCCAGUCAGCAGUGGGAGAUGUUCAGUCUGCAGGGAGAAGAUUUGAGUUAGAUCUCAGGGAGUUAGUGGUGAGAGCGUAUUUAAUAUGAUCCACCACAAACAGCAUCUCUGCAGCUGGAAAGCUUUCCUUCAUUUUCAUGCAGUUUCUGAGGAGAACCAGAGCUGAACAUACAGCUGAUGUUGGUUCUGGCCCUCAUGUUUAAUUUGCAAUAUUUCCUCUUUUUUUUUGUAUUUAGAUUUGUCCCAGCAUUUCAUAUGAUUGCCUUAGCUGGCUGAGACUGAUCAUUGUUCCUUUACAUGUUUUGUACAAAUUAUCCCUCGUUAAAAGUAUGAAACGACAUGCUGGACAUCUGUCUUGUGUGAUCCCUCCGUCAGCUCCUUCAAAGAAUUUGUGUCGGCUGAAUUAAAACAAAAAUACUUAACCAUA